AUGACUGACAAUGAAGAUUCCAUUCUCUUUAAAAUUAGAUUCAGAUACAGUGAGCUCAAUGAACAACAAAGAAGAAGAGUGUUAAACAUUUUCGCCAACUACAAGAACCAUACACAAGCUACAAUACCGAAUCAUGGAGUCGAGUGUUACCAAAUUGAUCCACCAGAAUACAGAGAAGAUACUUGCUUUGCAUACAACACAGAAUUUAUUUUUCAUUUUCGAUCUGAUAUUGUUACACUUUUUGUCAUUGAUUUCCUAUGCAGAACAACAAAUAGUUCUCGAAGGUUCAAAGGUGUUUCUUCCCUUUCUGAUAAUGAAUUACGCACGGAUUCGCCAUCUAGAUGUCAGAUAAUGACAUGUCUUUUGCUAGGUGGUUGCGCAUUGUCAGAUACCCUCAUUGGAAAGAUGACUUGUUAG